AUGGGACGUUAUGUCCCACCCGAGCACGAAGGGGUGAUCAGUGGCAACAAGCUCCACGGAAAGCAUGCCCUGGGCUCGCGGGCCAACAAAAUCUCCCAAGGGAUCCUAACGGUCCGCUUCGAAAUGCCGUAUCCCAUCUGGUGCACAAAUUGCCCCAAGCCCACGAUCAUAGGCCAAGGCGUACGUUUCAAUGCCGAGAAGAAGAAAGUCGGGAACUACUACUCGACGCCCAUCUAUAGCUUCCGCAUGAAGCACACGAGCUGCGGGGGCUGGAUUGAGAUCCGUACGGAUCCGAAAAAUACAGCGUAUGUGGUUACGGAGGGCGCGAGGAAGAGGGAUCUGGGCGAGGAUAAGGUUGAAGAGGGGGAUAUCAAGGUUCUGACGGAGGAGGAGAGGGAGAAGUUAAGGAACAAUGCGUUUGCUGCGUUGGAAGGGAAGGUGGAGGAUAGGAUGCGGUUGGAGCAUAGUAAGAAACGCCUAGAGGAAUUACAAGAGUUGUCCGAGCAGCAUUGGGAGGAUCCCUAUGAGCAGAAUCGGAAGUUGAGGAAAACAUUCAGAGAGGGGAGGAAGAUCAGGGAGAAGGAAGCGAGCGUUACGGCUGCGCUGCAGGAUAAGAUGAGUCUUGGACUGGACCUGCUGCCUGAACAUGAGGAUGAUGCGCGAAGAGCUCAACUUAUCGAGUUCGGUGGAGUGGAUCAUGAGAAGGCUAUGGCGAAAGCUAUCUCCAAGCCCCUGUUUUCAAGCCAAGAAACAACGUCGAAACAAAAACCCCAAACCGCUAAGGGUUCUAGGAGACGAAAGGCGGAAGAUCUGGCGAAGAAGAAAACUGCAGAUAUUGUUGCAGAGAUCUCGGGCAAUACGAGAGCGGCUAUGGAUCCGUUCCUUGCGCUCAAACCAUCUCCGAAGCCGCUGUUGGCAGGCGUUAAGAGAAAGCGGCCAGCGCCGGAACCCAAGCCUGCAAUUCAAACUAAUCAGUCCGCGGUCGCCUUGGUGGAUUAUGAUUCUGACUGA